GACUCAAGAGGUAUAUAAACGGAAUAAUAAAUAUGGUGACAACGAAUACAAAAGUUGUUUAUGUGUCGAAACGACAGAUAAAAAAAAAGAAAAUGUUUACAGUCACUUUAAAUAAUGGCUUGAAAUGCCCUAUUAUUGGACUCGGUACCUGUACUUAUACGGACAAUCAAGAACUUGUGGCAAAAUCAGUUCGAGAAGCUAUUGAUGCUGGUUAUCGGCAUAUUGAUUCGGCUUUUAUUUAUCAUAAUGAAGAGGAAGUUGGAAGCGCUAUUCGAGAAAAAAUUGCUGAGGGUGCUGUUAAGCGAGAAGAACUUUUCAUUACAACAAAGUUAUGGAAUACGUCACACAAAGAAGGACAAGUUGUUCCAGCUUGUAAACUAUCAUUGAAAAAUUUGGGUCUGGAUUAUGUGGAUUUAUUUUUGAUGCACUGGCCAACUGCAUAUACAUACGAUGGAGUGCAUCACUAUCACACAGUGGACGCAAAUGGAAAAUCUCUAAUCGAAAAUACAGAUUAUUUGGAGACCUGGCGAGGAAUGGAGGAAUGUGUGAGACUUGGUUUAACGAAAAGUAUUGGCGUGAGUAAUUGUAAUUCAGAGCAAGUUGGACGAAUUUUAUCCGUCGCAAAAAUUAAACCAGUCAUCAAUCAAGUCGAAUGUCACAUAAAUUUGAAUCAAAAGAAAUUGAGAUCAUUUUGCGAAGAGAGAGGAGUGAAAAUUACCGCUCACAGUCCAUUGGGAUCGCCAAAAAGAUCUUGGGCAAAACCUGGUGAUCAUCAGGUAUCGCUCAAGCAUCCCGUGAUUCUUAAAAUUGCCAAAAAAUACAAGAAAACUCCAGCUCAAGUAAUCAUUCGAUUCAUGAUUGACAAUGGAAUUAUUGUCAUUCCAAAGUCAAGUUCGAAAAAUCGAAUUAUUGAGAAUAUUCAGGUCUUCGAUUUUCAUCUCAGUCUGGAGGAAAUCAAUGAAAUUGACAAAUUAGAUAUGGGAGCUCGCAUUUGUCCUGCACUUCAACGAAACGAUCAUCCGGAUUAUCCAUUUAAUAUCGAAUUCUAAAUUGAGGAUAAACGCUCAGAAAAAAUGUUAUAUAAUUUAAUUUGACUAUUUUCGCACAUUUUUGGUAAACGAUAAUUAUUGUGGAUAUUAAAUAAAAUCUAUUUUUCAAAAGUAAAAA